GGACAGCAGUCAAACGAGUUUUGUAUUUUGUCUAGUUGAGUACGCGUUGGACCUCCAAAUGUUAUCUUUAGUUUUGUUAGGCCUUACGCUUUUAGCGUUGGGCUGGUAUUACCUUAAGCACCAUUACUCAUACUGGGAGCGUCGUGGUUUUCCGUGUGAUAAAAAUGCCGGUAUCCCAUUUGGGUGUCUGGCCAGCGUCUGGAGAAUGGAGAAGGCCAUGGGCAUGGCCGUUUAUGAUGUGUAUAAAAACAGUAAAGAGCGAUUUUUAGGCACCUAUCUACUCUUCCGGCCGGCUGUCUUGGUACGCGAUGCUGAGCUGGCACGCCGUGUGUUAGCUCAGGACUUCGCAAGCUUCCACGAUCGCGGCGUAUACGUGGACGAGAAAAAGGAUCCUCUGUCGGCGUCAAUCUUUGCGCUGCGUGGUCAAAGCUGGCGUUCCAUGCGGCACAAGCUGUCGCCGUGCUUUACUUCUGGCAAGCUGAAGGGCAUGUACAGCACAUCAGAAGACAUUGGCAUCAAAAUGAUAGCCCAUUUGCAAAAAGAGCUGCCCGAGCAGGGCUCCAAAGAGGUGGAUCUGAAGGAAGUGCUGCAAACCUAUGCCAUCGAUAUAAUUGCCUCAGUUAUAUUCGGACUAGACGUGAAUAGCUAUGAACAGCCAGACAAUAAAUUCAAGAAAAUGGUUACUAUUAUACGACGCAAUAACCGUUUUUCCGCACUUUUUCGCAUGAUGCUUUUCCUAGUUCCCUCUGUCGCCAAGUUUUUGUUUCGCAUUGGCUUCAAGAACCCUAUUGGACUGGCCAUGUUGGCCAUUGUCAAAGACACCAUCGAAUAUCGAGAGCAGCACGGCAUUGUGCGCAAGGACAUGCUGCAGUUGCUCAUGCAGCUGAGGAACAAGGGCAGCAUUGACGAUGACGACAGCAAAAGCUGGAACAUUCAGACCAGUGGUGAUGGGCAAUUAAAGAGUAUAUCUUUGGAGGCAAUCACCGCCCAGGCUUUUAUAUUUUACGUAGCUGGACAAGAGACAACCGGCUCGACGGCUGCAUUAACAAUCUUCGAACUGGCCCAGUAUCCAGAGCAUCUAAAACGUUUGCAAGGCGAGGUGGAUGAGACACUUAAGCAAAACGAUGGCAAAAUCACCUACGAUGUACUGAACAAGAUGGAGUUUCUGGAGCUAUGUCUGCAGGAAACUAUGCGCAAAUAUCCCGGUUUGCCAAUGCUGAAUCGUGAAUGCACGCAGGACUAUACAGUCCCGGACACAAACCAUGUCAUAAAGAAGGGCACUCCGGUGGUCAUCUCGCUGCAUGGCAUACAUCGCGACGCAGAGUAUUUCCCAGAUCCCGACAAAUACGAUCCCUAUCGUUUUGCUGAGGAUACCAAAAACUAUAAUCCGAUAGCCUAUAUGCCCUUCGGUGAGGGUCCCAGGAUAUGCAUUGCCCAGCGAAUGGGUCGCGUUAAUGCCAAAUUGGCCAUCGUCAAAAUACUGCAAAACUUCAAUAUCGAGGUGAUGAGCAAACGGGAGCUGGAGUUUGAAACCACCAGCAUUGCGCUGCUGCCUAAGGAUGGUGUCAAAGUGCGCCUCUCCAAAAGGAUACCCAACCUGGACAGCAGUCAAACGAGUUUUGUAUUUCGUCUAGUUGAGUACGCGUUGGACCUCCAAAUGUUAUCUUUAGUUUUGUUAGGCCUUACGAUUUUAGCGUUGGGCUGGUAUUACCUUAAGCACCAUUACUCAUACUGGGAGCGUCGUGGUUUUCCGUGUGAUAAAAAUGCCGGUAUCCCAUUUGGGUGUCUGGCCAGCGUCUGGAGAAUGGAGAAGGCCAUGGGCAUGGCCGUUUAUGAUGUGUAUAAAAACAGUAAAGAGCGCUUUUUAGGAACCUAUCUACUCUUCCGGCCGGCUGUCUUGGUACGCGAUGCUGAGCUGGCACGUCGUGUCUUAGCUCAGGACUUCGCAAGCUUCCACGAUCGCGGCGUAUACGUGGACGAGAAAAAUGAUCCUCUGUCGGCGUCAAUCUUUGCGCUGCGUGGUCAAAGCUGGCGUUCCAUGCGGCACAAGCUGUCGCCGUGCUUUACUUCUGGCAAGCUGAAGGGCAUGUACAGCACAUCAGAAGACAUUGGCAUCAAAAUGAUAGCCCAUUUGCAAAAAGAACUGCCCGAGCAGGGCUCCAAAGAGGUGGAUCUGAAGGCGGUGCUGCAAACCUAUGCCAUCGAUAUAAUUGCCUCAGUUAUAUUCGGGCUGGACGUAAAUAGCUAUGAACAGCCAGACAAUAAAUUCAAGAAACUGGUUACUAUAAUACGACGCAAUACCCGUUUUACGGCACUCUUCGGAAUGAUGGUUUUCCUGGUUCCUUCUGUCGCCAAGUUUUUGUUUCGCAUUGGCUUCAAGAAUCCUGUUGGACUGGCCAUGUUGGCCAUUGUCAAAGACACCAUCGAAUAUCGGGAGCAGCACGGCAUUGUGCGCAAGGACAUGCUGCAGUUGCUCAUGCAGCUGAGGAACAAGGGCAGCAUUGACGAUGACGACAGCAAAAGCUGGAACAUUCAGACCAGUGGUGAUGGUCAAUUAAAGAGUAUAUCUUUGGAGGCAAUCACCGCCCAGGCUUUUAUAUUUUACGUAGCUGGACAAGAGACAACCGGCUCGACGGCUGCAUUAACAAUCUUCGAACUGGCACAGUAUCCAGAGCAUCUAAAACGUUUGCAAGGCGAGGUGGAUGAGACACUUAAGCAAAACGAUGGCAAAAUCACCUACGAUGUACUGAACAAGAUGGAGUUUCUGGAGCUAUGUCUGCAGGAAACUAUGCGCAAAUAUCCCGGUUUGCCAAUGCUGAAUCGUGAAUGCACGCAGGACUAUACAGUCCCGGACACAAACCAUGUCAUAAAGAAGGGCACUCCGGUGGUCAUCUCGCUGCAUGGCAUACAUCGCGACGCAGAGUAUUUCCCAGAUCCCGACAAAUACGAUCCCUAUCGUUUUGCUGAGGAUACCAAAAACUAUAAUCCGAUAGCCUAUAUGCCCUUCGGUGAGGGUCCCAGGAUAUGCAUUGCCCAGCGAAUGGGUCGCGUUAAUGCCAAAUUGGCCAUCGUCAAAAUACUGCAAAACUUCAACAUCGAGGUGAUGAGCAAACGGGAGCUGGAGUUUGAAACCACCAGCAUUGCGCUGCUGCCUAAGGAUGGUGUCAAAGUGCGCCUCUCCAAAAGGAUACCCAACUGAAUGAAAACUUGCAACUAAUUACGAAAUAAUUUUGCCAACAAUUUUCCAUUAAGAUAGUGCCUAGUGAUUCGUUGAUAGCAGCUAAGUCGCCUUAUCGAUGCACACCAAAUAAUUUUCCUGAUUAUUUUAUGAAUAGAGUCAACACUUUUUAUUAAAUGCUUGCAAU